AUGGCGUACAGAAGAAGGCAGGGGAUGUCGAGAGCGUCAACUUUCAAGGAGGAGAUUAUCCAUCGCCCACCUGAUGACAAUUCUGCUUCCAUUUUGCAAUCUUCGUCUUCUUUCUCUGGUUCUUCGUCUCUCGCUGCUCAGGCCAUUCGUGCUUCCGCUCUCUCCGCUGAGCGCAACAACAACCGAUCCAAGGAUUUUUCUGCAUAUGAUGAAUCGGCCACAAAAUCUGGGUUUUGGGGUGUUCUGGCUCGCAAAGCUAAAGCCAUUCUUGAUGAGGAUGGUGAGUUUCUGCAAGAUGAUAUGCUUGGAGGCGUCAGCUCACAGUCCUCCAAUGCCUCCACUGGCACCCAGUUCCAACAACCCCAUCUGUCAUCUGACAACUCUAUAAGAAUGGAAAAUCCUGCAAUCCGCAAGGGCUUGGACAGAAUCACAACUUCCCUCAAUCAGCUUGGUGACACUUUCGAGAAGGCUUUUGAGGAAGGUCGUACGAUGGUGGAGAACAAGACUGCCGACAUCAAACUGCAAAUUAAACGACGGGGAGACCAUCCUGAGGCACAAGCUUAUUAUGUGAACCAGAGCAAUUCAGGGCAGCAGCCUAAGAACCCUGAUACUCAACUCAAGGCAUCACGCGACGUUGCAAUGGCAACAGCUGCCAAAGCAAAAUUACUUCUUCGGGAGCUGAAAACUGUUAAAGCAGAUUUGGCUUUUGCAAAGGAACGAUGUUCUCAACUAGAAGAAGAAAAUAAACGCCAUCGCGAGAAUCGUGACAAGGGAAACCACCGAGCAGAUGACGACUUGAUCCGCCUUCAACUGGAGACACUGCUGGCGGAGAAGUCACGCUUAGCGAAUGAGAAUUCAGUUUAUGCUCGCGAGAAUCGGUUCCUGAGGGAAAUUGUUGAAUAUCACCAGCUCACAAUGCAGGAUGUUGUGUAUUUAGAUGAUGAAGAAGUUACAGAAGUUUACCCCUUAACCAGCUCCACCGGGGUCUCCAGGAUGCUUUCCAUUUCCCCGCCCUCAACACCUCCUUCCCCGCCUCCAGAGGACCCUUCACCUGUAACCGCACCAGUUACUGAAGAAAUAUCACCUCUCCUCACCAAGCCACAAGAAAAUAAAGAUGUUUCUGCAAAUGAGGCCACACCAAGUUCCAAUAUCUCAGAUCCUAAUAGAGAAGAUACUAAAACACCUUCUUCAGCAGAAGCUGCUACUAAAACACCUCCUAUAGCAGAAGCAGCUACUAAAUCACCUUUUGUAGCAGAAGCUGACCCUAAAACACCUCCUACAGCAGAAGCUUCUCCGAAAACACCUUCUGUAGCAGAAGAUACGAAAAGACCUCGAGCUUCUGCAUAA